AUGAGCAUGUUUGACGAUGACGAGACGUGUCCAGAGGAGAGAAAUGCGACUAAACUGUACAUCGGUGUGUUUAUACUACUUGGACUUAUCUUGUCUUAUGCUCCGCAAUUGGGAAAGAUACAUAAAAUACGCUCCAGUGAAGGUCUAUCGCCAUACUUUCUUGGACUGGGUCUGGUAGGCACAGCUGCGACAUGGCUCAACACAUUAAUGUUGCAGUUUGCUGCUAUGCAGUGCUGCCAAACUCAUUGGUCUCCAGCUGUCUGUUUUGAAAACACGCUAGGAUUCACUCAAAUGAGUGUUCAAGCUGUCCCAAUCUCAUCCAGAUUCGUGCUAUUCUACAUAUACUUUCCACCCUAUCUCAAAUAUCCUGAUUCGCCGCGACGGAUAUAUGGACCAGCAUACACGACUUCUCUAUGGGUUUUGGUUGUCUGCAUAUCAUACAUUAUAGCCUCGGUCGCUAUAUCUGCCGUUACACUGGUUACUGGUGCUGGCGAUCCAAAUCGAACAGCUAUUGAAGGUGUUGCGGGGAUCUGGGGUGGUGUGGCCACUUUGACUGGUGUUGUUCAGUUCAUACCCCAGAUAUGGCAUACGUUUUGGCUCGGACAUCCAGGAGCACUAUCUGUCGAAACACUCAUAAUGCAAUGCCCCGGCUCCUUUCUUUUUGCAUACUCGCUAGCCAUCCAACCAAGAACGAAUUGGACGUCAUGGCUGCCCUUCUUUGUUGGAGGGAUUCUACAAUUCGUGUUACUAGCUCUGUGUACAUAUUUUAUAUGCAGGAAUCCUGCGGUUAUUGAUUCUGAAGAACGGGAACGAUUGUUGGGUAGUAUUGAUGAGGAGGUUAUUAUACCGGAUGCUGUAGAUAAUGAUGGGGCUGAUGGCGUCGAUGCAGAAGAUGAGGCUAGAUCGCCAUCACCUAGUGCUCCUCCUGUUGAAACAAGGCUGGAUCAAGGUCGGCCAAGGUCAUAUCAAACUAUGGGCCGAGCUAAGGGUAAAAAGGCUCGUCGUGAUAUUGGAAAUGGUACUGAGUAA